GUGCCCCUUGGUUCCCAUCGUGCCGCCUUGCCGCACGAGAUGGAGCGGGAGGUGGCGGCUUCUCCGACGAACGAGAAGGAGCGGGAGAGGACAGCGACUUCGGAGUUUUCGGUGACGUUGGGUCUUCCGGCCGGUGCUGAAGACGGAGCAUCGUUUGCGGCGGCAACCACGGUGUACGAGUUCCACGUUGGAGAUACAGCGUUCCUAUCCCGCCCGCUGGAGAGGCCUGCAAGAGGUGCCACCUUCCACGAUGAGGACAAAUUGGCAGCUCUUUCUGCAUGGGCUGGCAUCAAACAACUUGUCCGGAGGAUGAAGGACGCCGAGGACUUCUAUCGACGAGCGCUCGCGAUCCGUGAGGAGCAGGUGGGCGUCGAUCAUCCUGAGGUGGCACGCACCCUGGAUGACCUCGGGCUUUGUGCUUUCGCGGUAGGGAGGAUGGCAGAAGCCGAGGAGUUUUUCGGACGAGCGCUCGCGAUCCGUGCGGAGAAGCUGGGCGUCGAUCACCCGGACGUGCCAUCUACCCUGAAUAUCCUUGGAAACUGCGUUUGCAAGCUAGGGAGAAUGAAGGAAGCGGAAGAGUUGUAUCGACGAGCGCUCGAGAUCCGGGAGGAACCGCUGGGCGUCUAUCACCCGGACGUGGCACGAACCGUGAAUGACCUCGGCGUAUGCGCUUCUAAGGAAAAGCCAGGCGUCGGUCACCCGGACGUGGCAUCUACCCUGAAUAACCUCGGGGUUUGCGCUUCCAAGGUAGGGGACAUGAAGGAAGCCGAGGAAUUUCAUCGACGAGCGCUUUCGAUCCAGGAGGAAAAGCUGGGUGUCGAUCACCCGGAAGUGGCUUACACCCAGAACCACCUCGGGGUAUGCGCCCACAAGGUAGCGAGGAUGAAGGACGCAGAGGAGUGUCAUCGACGAGCGCUUGCGAUCCAGGAGGAAAAGCUAGGCGUCGAUCACCCGGAUGUGGCACUCACGCUGCAUAACCUCGGGGUGUGCGCCUGGAAAGUAGGCAGAACCGCGAAGGCCGAGGAGCUUCAUCGACGAGAGCUCGUGAGGAAAAACUCGGCGAGGACCACCCGCAUGAAGGAGAAGGCCGAGGAAUUGUUUCGACAGGCGCUUGCAAUCCGGGAUGAAAAGCUGGUCGUCUAUGACUGGGACACCGCGAUUACCACGAAGGCCUUAGCAGAGCUGCAUAGGUCCGCCUUGGCGGUAAUGACUCAGACGGUGGCCGUGCCCGUGCUGUUGGCUGGCGUUGUGCUAUAUGUGACAACAAGCGCGCGACAUAGGGGGGAACGUCCGGUGGCAAACGGAUUUUCUUAG